AUGAAUAAAUUCGUUUGCCUUUUGUGACCGUCAUUGUUAUUGCUGCUUUUUCUCAAAAUCCUUUAGGAUCGUAUUGUUAAUUAUCCAUUUUUUUGUUAACAAAAGCACUCAUAACAACAAUAAUAUAUAUAAACGUCAAUCGAUUGCGUAAUGCGCAAGAAAGCUACAAUAGGGUCUAAUGCGCAAUCGAGAUUGUAGGUUUGCGAGAAUAUGUAUAGACCUGAAUUCCCCAACUAUAGAAAACGGUACUGUUAGUGGCGUUUAUUUCAAUUCCAUUAUUAGACUAGCUUUUAGCAAAAAAACUGAAUUCAAGCAACGACUUUUAAUAAAAUUUAAAAUUUGAGAUACAGUUUGUAGGUUUGCAUUAAAUUAAAAAUGUCUGAAAGAAUAAAUGUUAAAAAAAUGAAGUCGUCUGAAACUCCCCUUGCAAAUGAUUUAAUGGACUCUGAAAAUCAUGAUUCUGACAUUGAUUCUGCAAUUUUCCAAUUGGAAAUGGUUCACAUUGAAUUGGAUAAAUUAAAUGAGAAGGAAAACGACGAAAUUUUAACAAUAGAACAAAAGUAUAAAAAGUUACGUCAACAUUAUUAUAAUAAAAGGACGGAAAUUAUUGAAACUAUUCCUGAUUUUUGGUCAACAGUUUUUACUAGUCAUCCCGGUAUUUGCCACAUUUUGUAUGAAGACGAAGAAGAUUGUUUACGACAUCUCCAAAAAUUGGAAGUAGAUACUGCCGACAAUAUUAAAUCAGGAUACAGCAUCAAAUUAUACUUUAAUGAAAACCCCUAUUUUAAAAAUGACGUCUUAGUCAAAGAAUUUUUCUAUAAACAAGGACAAUUAUCAUCAAUUAGUACAAAAAUUGAAUGGAAAAAACCCCAUUCAGCAACCCCAUCAACAAAAGAAGGUACUUCUAAAAGCGCUCGGAAGAGAUCACACUCAAGCCAACAAACUUUUUUUGGUUGGUUUGCAAACAAUGACGACGCUGCAAGUGAUAUCGUCGCGGAAAUAAUCAAAGACGAUAUUUGGGUGAAUUCUUUACAUUAUUAUCUUGUCCCGGAUCCUGAUAUGGAAGGGAAUAACGACAAGGAAGAUGAUUCUUCAGAUUCAAGUUCUUCCGAUUUUGAAGAAGAGGAAAUGUUUGAAAGCAAUCAAGAAAAAUCCUCUUUACAACGGUCUACAGGCGAAGGGACUUCUUCAAAUAAAUAAAAAUAUUUUUUUAAUGACUGAUUA